UAAGAAAACUUACUUUAUUUCCAAAUUUUUAGGUUUCCAAAAACUUAACAAAAGAUAUUUUUUUAUGUUUUUAUUGUUUUAUUCUAAUUAUUAUUAAGUUUGACGGUUUCACUCGACUCUGCAUUGGUUUUUUUUCAUGGAAAGGUAUCUCGCUCUGGUUAUUUAGUUGAGACUUAAAGGUAGAUAACCUUGAUUUAUUCAUCUCAGUUUGGUUAUCCUUUAAAUGGCUACUACAUCGAAAGUCGGUUACAAUGACGGUACGAUACGGUUAAUGGAUGAAAGAAGCGGUUGUAGAUCAUUAUUAUGUGACUCUAGUGGAAUAAUAAUUGCUGAAAUGGUCUAUAGAUGUAUGGCUUGUUUCUCGAUACAUGAGUACAUUGGUGAUGUUAGCAAGCAUUAUCAUGCUGUCCAUUUAAGUGAAAAGAAAGAGGAACCAGAUGAUUCAGCUAAUUUAACUAAUGAAGAAGACCAAGAUCAGCUUAACAACAACACUGUUUCACUUAAUGCGAAUGUCAACCACAGUUUUAACAAAACCGUCGACAAUACUGCGACUAAAAUUAUUAACAACAGAGAUAAUAACAAUAAUAAUAACAAUAGCAGCAACUAUUUAUCAGAUAAUAGCAAUAAUGAUGAAUCGUGGGAAAUCGACGAAAAAUUGCAUGAUAAUUUCAAGCCCAACUCGCAUUCCAUACCCAAUUUCGUGAAAUUGAAUAACACAAUUCCCAAUCCAUCUGAAUCUUGUACUCGAAGUGGAUACAUUCAUUGUCCUGUUUGCUCAACCAUUCGAUGUUAUACAACCCUCCAACGUCGCUAUGGUCAAUUCACUUGUGUUGCUUGCUACAGAUUUUUCAAAGAAUUUUUCUUGAGACCAACUCGAUUCUCUUGCCAGUUUCUUGGUCAAUGUCCACUUGAUGUUAAAUCAAAGUGUAAAGCUUGUUGGAUCUUAGCCUGUAUGAAGAUUUAUUCCGUUGAUAGUCGUCGCAAGUCUGUCCUCGAAGCAUACGCACCAAUCAAGGCAAAUCUUCCUAAAGUAACAAUAACAUCAUCAUCACCAUCUUUUCCUUCAUCAUCUCUACCUUCAUCAUCUUUACUUUCAUCAUCUUUACCUUCAUCAUCAUCCUCCUCAUCAUCAAUUUACAUUUAUCCAAAUGAAAAUUGUAAACCUGUCAAAUUAAUUACCGCUUCAGCUUUGCCUAUCGAGCCCGAUGAUAAAAAAUCCUUGAUUUCGUCAAACCUAAAAGACACUUGUAAUUUUGGAAACAAACAAUCAACUGAAUCAACCAGCAAUAUUGUGAAUCAAGAAACCAGUAAAAAACAACCAUUUAAUACCAACAUGUUAACCUGUGAAGAAAAAGUUCCUCCUGAUUGCGAUGAAGCUGAAGAUGAAUCUGAUGCCAAUCAGAAUAUACAAUCUUUUAUUAAAGAAGAAAAUGACAAAUCAAUCGCAACUACUUUCCAAGGAUUUCCAGGUCAAACCAUUAAAGUGAUCGAUUUCAGGAGAAUCACACCAAAGAUCAUCAGCAAAAAGCCUGAUCGUCGAAGUAAAAUUCGCGUCAAAAAUUGGUGUUGCCUUAAAUGUGCCAAUUGUCUUGCUGAUGAUUGUGGCAAAUGCAUAAACUGUUUAGAUCGUCCAAAAUUUGGUGGACCUUUUGUGCGUAAACAACGAUGUGUCAACAAAAAGUGCCUUGAAAAAAUCCAGUCUGAUAUAAAAUGAUUUACAAUCCAUUGAAUCACGCAUCAAAACUACAACCUCAAUCGCAAUCCUAAGCAGAUCCACUAUUGAAACUUCAAGUGCCUUACAAUUCACAUCAUCAUUUCGAACUCUUAACAUGCUUAAAAAUUUUUUAAACUGACCCAGCUUCAAAGAAGAAACAUUCUAACCAUUAUACAAUGCUGAUAAAUUUAUCCAGUUAUCAAUAUUGACAAAAACAAUCCGAUGCUAUUAAUAAUCGACUAAUGUUCAUCUUUUCUAAUACAUUUAAUUCUUAUUGUUUACUCGAAAAUACCAAUUCUCAAAAGCUACCUUAGCUUUAUGAAAUGAUAUUUUUGAUAUUGAAUUAUUACUUUAUUGUCCUUUUCUAAUUGUUACUAAGUCUAAUUAUGUAAAAUUUAUCUUUUAGUAACGUUAACUAUGCAGAUAAUUAUCUCAACAUGAUUCAAUACGCUUCUAAACGUUGCCAUAACUUCCAUAAUUAUGUAAACUUUAAAUAAUCUUUUAUUAUUCUAUCAUUAAUUUGAUUUUUUUACGCAAAACCAUUUAUUAUUUUGUCUAUAUGUCUAUUAUUAUGUUAAUCUUUUCACAUGUGCACUACAAAAAUCACAAUUCACAUAUUUAUGCAUGUAAACAUAUUUAUCCCUAAAUGUAGCCCAAAAGUUAGAGCUUGUCUUAUUAAUCAUAAACAUUUGUUUAAAGAUCGUU